UCGUAAUGUCGAUUUAAAAAACAAAGUAAUGUGAAACGCGUCGCGAACGUCUGUGUUGCGUUGAAACAAUGUGCGCUUGAUAAACAAAGAUCGCGUUCUGGAAGAAAUGUGCAGUGAUGUAAACAAAUGCGGAAAUCGAUAUUUUCUAUAAGUUUUAGAAUUUUAACUUCAGAUGUUUUGGUUUUAUGAAAUAGCUGACCUGAUUAACGCCAACGCGCGGUGUUAUAGAGAAGUAUUAUAAAACUGUCAUUGAAAAUGAUGUGGCCGUCUUCGACAGCCAGCAAAGUGCUCACUUUGCUGCUUCUAGUGACUUUUAUUUACUGCAUUUAUAUGGACACAUUCCUGUUUCUACGCAUACAAAAUUAUAGGCUAGAUAUUUUUGGAAAUGCACGGGAGAACAGCAGUGAGAGCUCAACGUUUAAGUCGAUAUUGAAGGACGCCAAUUAUGAGGAUGUUCUAUGGGUUCCAUGCAGUAUAAAUCCAUUAUGUCACCCAACGGUCAAGGCGUUGAUGAUAGAUCAUAUAAACCACUACAUCUACGGGCCUUUUUGCUCAAUAGUCGACAUAGCGCUCGGGAUUUCGAAACGAUGGCUGUUCCUGACUCCGAACAUGAUUUCUUUUUUCCAUGUUUUCGUGGCUUUGGUCGGAGCGAAGCUUCUCACCUGCCAGAGUUUAGCUGCGCGGCGAUUCGCAGUUGUUUUAUUCCAAAUUCGAAUGUUUUUAGACGACCUUGACGGUCACGUAGCUAGAGAAAGAAAGAAUAUCAAAGGAGAGAGAACUGAGGUUGGGACUGCCGGUUUUUGGAUCGACGGAAUCUGUGAUUUAUUAGGAGUUAUCGCUAUGAUGGUCGGUAUAUUGAUAUUCCUUAAAACUAACCCACCUAGAAGAGGUUACAGAGACACUCCUGUAAGCACAUUACCGUACCACCAGUUGAAAGAAAUAAACACAAGCGAAGAUUUAGAAAAAGAUCACACAGCGGAAAUCGGGAUUUCGUACAAAACAAAAGUGACUUUCCAAAGGAUAAUUCAAGUCAUAGGUCUGUUUUCCGGUCAGAUGCUGCUUUCUUCACUAGCUUGGAAUCGAUACAUAGACAUAUACCAAGAAUUAUUAGAGAAUAACGCUGAAUACGAUUUGGUGCGACGUGAAACCAUGUUCACAUCCGGUCUGUUCUUUUUCGCGACAACUUUGUGGCGGAUUGUGAAUCCCCAUAGCUAUCUUCACCUUCUAUCCUUAGCUGUUUUCUGUGAUAAAACCUGGGCUUUCCUUAAAGUGGUACAUUACAGUGGUUACAUGUGUCUGGUGAUCGCUGUGGGUACGUCGGAAUACUUGGUGGAUACCAUACAGUCUUUCGUGCUCAAUGGAGAUGGGUUAUGAAUGUUAUGAUUAUAAUAGUGUUUAAGUUUAACGUGAUUGCCAAAUAGUUAAGUUUAGAUAGAUUUAUCCUCUGAAUAUAUUUAGUUUUUGUUUAGAUAAAGGAUACAGAUGUGGUUGUCAAAAAUAUGCUACCGAUUGUUACUAAUAAUAUUUAUGAAUGAAACUUAGAAUGAAGUGUUCAUGAUUUAUUUGGGAAAAACUCUUUUUCCCACUUUAUAUCAGCACGUUGCCAUGUAAUUUCUGACAACAAACAUAAGGUACCAACAGACAGUUUCGUAUGAAACACGUUUGCCUAUCAUGUCUUGAACGAAAAAAUUUUUCCGAAAAAUUUUUCUAUAAAGUUUAAGAAAUUUCCUUAAUGACGCUUUCAAAACAUGCGGUAACAAACAUGUGAUCUGAGGCUUUCUAAUAAGAAUAUUUACUGGCCAAUGUGUGUAUACAGUUUUGUUUUUUAAUUAUAAAUUGGUUUACUCUUGGCCACAGACUAGCCAAAGGCAAAGACGUGGCCUACGAUGGAGUGAGCUCGCCCAGAAGAUACCUGUUCACUCUUGAUUUGAAGGUUGCCGGGUUAUAUGAGCUCACACACAUACACAGUAUACAUAUUGUUAUUUUUCGGUUUUGAGAAUUCCCAGGGGUUAAUUUCGAAACACCGAUUUUGGGUAUUAUUUUUAUUUAAUCAUCAAUAAAAUUUCCAAUAUUAUGACUGCAAUAGUAAUUUUUGAUUAUAUAAAGGUGUAGCAAUAACACUGUUUGGUUUAUACGAGCCAUAGUUUGCUUAUUCUUGUUACCACAUUGUUUUAUCAAUAAGAAUUUCUUCUAAAGCAGUGAGAGAAAGAAACGAGAAUAAAGUCUAGAGUAGGAAGUAUCCUUAAAUUAGUAAAUUUAAGGACACUGCCUUCAAAACUUCUAGAAAAAACUCAAGAGCGUAGGCGUAGGCCCAUCUGAAAAGCCGGUACGCACCUCCUACCCUUCUGGUGUUUCGGGUUUUGAAUUGUUCAUGGGCGGCAGUAAUCGCUUACCAUCAGGCGACCUGUCUUCUCCUUAGCUUCUUAUCGCUUAAAAAAACUAGCAUAUUUAUUUAUUUAAACCGUAACCGGUUAUGAAAUUUGAUCGGUUUUUGCAUUCCCUUUAUAGGAGCUAUAUAACAGGUGUGUCCCUUUCUCUCGGCCUAAAUUGAACGGCUUCAGUAGUUGGUAACCUACAGGUAUUUGUUAGCACCUUAGUAAUAUUUCAACUUCCUAAGCCUACAAUGGUUCCGUUUGACCAACUUACCAACAAUGAUAAUUCAGAUACCGUGACUGGCCUGGCCUUAAGAUUGUCACGUUGGGUGCCUGUUUUUGUCUACCCUUGACCGAUUGACGCUGUCAUUAUAGAACCAUAGAUCAAUUUACACUCUAUUCAGGCUUGUUUACAAGUUCCUAAAACGAUGUUAACACAAACUAAAAAUGCGGCUCUUUAGAAUGUGCUUAGACUGCUGGCGGCACUAAAAACUACUUAAACUGUGUCAGAAGGAUCAGAAAUUCCCGGUUCUCACUAUAUUUAUAAUCGGCAUCUACACAUCUGCAUGUGUUUUAAAAAUACGUGUUCGGCCAGUUCCAUAUUUGUAUUUUUGUCUUAUUUCUGUUGUCGAUCUUCUUCUACUCCAAAAAUCCAGCUAUCCAGCAAAAAUCGGGUCCUUUGCUACCUAUGUACAAACCUAAAUGACAAAAUACAGUACUUGGUGCAUUAUCUAGCUGUG